AGUGGACAGAACCUCGCGACGCGUACAGGUGCAGCCGGGCACUGGGCCGUGGGUUACCUAAAUGCAGCUGAACCUAAAAAUGGUGAGCUUACUAAUGUAGCACUGGGUAACACAGCAUGGGCUGAGACGCUGAGUUGGCUGAACCCCAAAAAGCCUAGGCACUGAACUUAAAGUUCUCCUAAACAAGGCCCACCGAAACAUCCCACCAACCUCUCUUUCAGAGGAAAGUGGAAUUUUACCUCAUGUCUUCGUUUACACGUAUCCAAUGCCUUCAGUCAGUUCAGUGCACCUUCCCUCCUCAGCCCAACCCCUAGCCCGUCGGGAAAGCACCGUUUCAGCCCUCGCCGCACAAUGGGCCAACCCGACGGACGUCUCGACGAUCCUGAUGAUCAUCGGCGGCGACGUGGUGCAGAAGGCCCUCGCGCAGGGCACCGGCAAGCUCUACACGCCCGUGUGCUUCUCGUUCGGGUGCGUGGCCUACGCCUUCACCGCGCUGAUCGGCAUCCUGGGCGACGGCCGACUGCUGCCGCCCCCGGAUUACCCCGUCCGGGUGUUUAAUCUCGAGUCGGGAUACAGCAGGGAGAACCGCAACUGGGUGCUGGGCCGCAUCCUGCGCGAUCUGGAGGCGCAGACGGCGAGGGAGCUGCCGCGUGGCGAGCCGCCCUAUGGAUUAUGCAUCUCCGUCUUCGAGGCGGUGGACAAUCCCAACGGGCCGACGCAGUUCUCGUGGGGGCGCGUCCACUUUGUCAGCCUGGCCAUUACCCUGUUGCAGUUUGUUAUUGCUGCUGUUCCCGCCAUCCCUACAGUCGGCGGCGACUGGAGCGUGCUGUUCAUCACGGCCGUGGGCACGCUGCUGAUCCAGAUGAUUGGCCUGCUGCCGCAGUGGGUGGCCGAGAAGCUGCCCAACCGGCAGCACGCGCGUGGGACGUACGCGCUGACGGCGGGCAACGGGUCGCGGGAUAUCAUUGUCAUUAUCGGCGGCGGCAAGUGCCUGGACCUGGAGGAGAUGGCCAACGCCGAGUCACCGCGCAAGGGGUGGGUCUGGCAGAAGUUUGAGAACCACAACCUCUUGUCGUCCGUGGCAAAGGGCGUGGUGCCCUCUAGUCCUGGUGGCAGGCAGCUCCCGCAGCGUGAGCGGACGGACUCGGACCUCGCUCGCCGGCGCCAGAGUCGAUUUGCGGCCGGGCUCCCGGUCGGGUUCUGGCUGACUCGUGCGGCGCUGAUUGCGACAUCCGUCCUCUCGCUGCUGCUCUUAGUCAACGUGACCGUGUCCAAGGACCACAGCUGGUUUAUUCUCCUCAUCGGCGCCAUUGGCAUGUUCCAGAAUGGCGUGUUGGCGGGGAUGGGCCUGCCCACCGUGGCCCGCAACCUGCCCUUGAGACGAAGGGAAGUGCUUCGUACGAGGAAGGUAAUGGAUGGUAUUAUGGACUUUUACACGUCCUAUCCGGAGCUGAGUCGUUGCCUGCUGCGAGAGUUCUUCCCCGGCCCGCUGAGGGAUGCGGAGGAAAAGUGGUGGAAUGGCGAGGUUGAGCCGUAUGACCAACUGAGAAUGGAUGACCCGACAAGGGGGACGCCGAGGCGGUUGCUGUCCACGGUUGCACGUCCUCUCAAAGAUCAGGAGGUUGUUGUGAGCAUGAUUUCUGUUUAGUACCAUCAGCAGCUGUGAGCGAUUGUAGGUAUUUUGAAAUCGUACUCCAAAACAUCAUAAACCGGUGCUUG